CUCAGACACUGCCAGCAUGCAGAAUGUCGUGUGACGCUCUCGCUGGCCGGUACGAUGGAGAGUGUACGGUUUUUUCCGGAAACCAGUUUCUUUCCAGUGUAUGCACUCCGGACGGGGCAGUGCGGGUGAGGUGUGUGUGUGUGUCGAUGCGCGACAAUCCCACUGCCCUCGGCCGGUAUAGUUAAAACGUCACUGUUAUUAGUCUAGUUGCCCCGCGGACACGGUACGACACCUUCACUAGCACCGGGCGUGAUUCAGUCGUCGCGCAGUGCUUCAGGUGAUCACACACUCGCUCUCUCACACACAAUGGCAGCUGGCCGAGAAAGAAGCGUCCUUUGGACGAUCACCGUCGGUUUGCUGCUGCUCCAGCGGCAGUGCCACAGCCGGCUGAUCUGCCACUACACGACCUGGUCGCAGGGCCGGGCCAACCCGUACUCGUACCGGAUCGAGGACGUCCCGGGCGAUCUGUGCACGCACGUGGUGUACAACUUUGUCGGUGUGGACAGCGAGGAGUACGAGCUGGCGAUGCUGCAGCGCGAGAUCGAUAUCGUGCAGAAUGGGUUCGGGCGGUUCAUCGAUCUGAAGCAGCGCUUCCCCGACCUGAAGAUGUACGUGGCGGUCGGGGGCUGGGAUCAUGGCGGGGCACCGUUCAGCCGGAUGGCGGCGUUUCGCAAUCGGCGCAAGAAGUUCAUCGAAAGUGUGGUCAAGUUUAUGGGGCGGUAUGAGUUUGAUGGCAUCGAGCUGGUGUGGCUGUACCCGGGCAGUGUGGAGCGGGGCGGCACCAACAACGAUAAGGACAACUUUGUCUAUCUGGUGGAGGAGCUGAAGACGGCGUUUCUGAGGGCGCGACAGCCGUGGGAGGUGGCGAUCCAGGUGCCGGCCGACCAUACCCGGUUUGAAGUGGGCUACGAUCAGAGUUUGCUGUGCGAGAGUGCUGACUUUGUGCACAUUGCCGGGUACGAUCUGCGCGGCUCGUGGACCGGCUUUGCCGAUGUGCACAGCCCGAUGACGGAUCGGCCGCACGAUCAGGGCAUCUACAAGGGGCUGAACGUGCGGGCGGGCGUUGAGUCGUGGCUCGCGAGCGGAUGUGCCCCGGAACGGGUCGUGCUGGGUGUACCGUUCCUCGGGCGUACGUACACGCUGCGCAACAGUCAGCAGAACGGUCUCGGUGCGGUGACGACCGGCCCUGGUCCGAAGGGUCAGCAUACGUAUAGUGCGGGCUAUCUGGGGUACUUCGAGAUCUGCCAGAAGCUGAAGGCUGAACGUAACUGGCGCAUGGUUUGGGACGCGAUCGGGCAGUGUCCGUACGCGUACCGGGGCAACCAGUGGAUCGGGUACGAGAACGAGGAGUCGCUGAAGGAGAAGGUCGAGUUGGUGAAGAGCAAAGAGCUGGCCGGCGUCUAUGCGUUCUCGCUCGAUCUGGACGACUAUCGGGGCAAGUGCGGUGGCGAACCGUACCCGCUUAUGCGGACGCUGGCGGGUUUGCUGAAGAAAGAGCACCAAAGCGUAAUCGGGUUCGCGUUCGAGCGGGGUGAUGAUAAGUGAAGCGGGAGAGAGAGAGCGAAAGAUUACAUUUAAGUUAGUAACGUUAACGAAAAGCAACAAGUAGGUGUUCCUAACAGCUGCACGGUAUUUAAAUAAAUGCUUAUUUAUCUCUUUUAA